GUGUUUUCUAAUCUGAUUGUUCUGACUGGUUCAUGCUACUCUCAUAAACCUGACUCAGAGGCACUGUGACCAUGGCCACUCUCGAAGAUCACAACUACACGAAGAUGGAGAAGCCGCAAAGGCCGCAGAAGCCGGCUAAAAAACAGACUGACAAGCUCGGAGAACCGGUGAUUUGGUCCAUUCCGGAGGUCCCGGUAACGCAGCAGCGAAAACCUUUCUUCCAACCGGAGCAGGAUCAGAAGCUGUCGCACACAGGUACUCCUAGGGCCAAUAUUGCUGCGACAUACGAGAAGCCGAACGGCACAACGGAACAUGGCUGGGCGCAAAGGCAUCGUCAUCAGACAGUGCUGCAACAGCAUUGCGAGUUCUUCGAUAGUGACAAAGAUGGAGUGAUCUACCCCCAUGAUACAUUCUGGGGAUUCUACGCAUUGGGAUUCGGAGUCAUCCUCUCAGUUCUUUCGGUCUUCAUCAUCCAUGGCAACUUCUCUUACCCGACAGUGAGCGGGUAUCUGCCGGAUCCUCUCUUCCGCAUCUUCCUCGACAGAGUUCACAAGGACAAGCACGGUAGUGACACUAACACGUACGAUACCGAGGGUCGAUUCAACCCGCAGAAGUUUGAGGAUAUUUUUUCCAAGUACGCCGAGGGAAGAGACUACAUGACAAUCUGGGACGUUUUCGCGAUGCUGAAGGGCCAAAGGCUCGUUGCUGAUCCAAUUGGUUGGGGCGGUGCAUUCUUUGAGUGUGAGUCCGCUCCUGGCACUUGGCAUGGACGCUUGCAUGUGAUACUCGAUACUGACCAACAAGCAGGGUUUGCAACGUACCUUAUGCUUUGGCCAGCAGACGGUAGGAUGACAAAGGAAGAUAUCCGUGGAAUCUACGACGGCAGCCUUUUCUACACCAUUGCUGCUCGUAGAGCUCAGAAGUAAAGCGGCUUAUGUGGGUGUUAGAAUUAUCCCGCAGCGAAUGAAAGCACUUUUCAUAGCCAUGACAACUUGGCUAGAGGACAAGCAUGGUGAAGGGCGGAAAAUGGUCAUGGCACAAUUUUUUAAAGGCCUGACAAUUAGGUUGGCCGGGGCGAAGACCGAGUUUUAGGUAGAAAGAUUAGCCGUCGGUCGAUCAUAAGAUCAGACUUGGAAUGUCCGUCUCAUGACUUGUGUGGGACAACCAGGAGAUCCAUUAUGCGCUGCUAUCAACCGAUCGUCCGUUCCUCUUACUGCAUGUAUUCUAUGAGAAGCCGGUACACCUGAGGACUUGGAUGUGAAUUGAAGAAAUUGCGGCUAUUGUGAACCAUUUCCUCUGCAUUCGGUGUCAAAUCAAGACGAUGCACACUUGGAUUCCUUCACAUCAAAAUGAUGGCCAAGUUUAGAAAAUCCAUCGCGUCAUUGGACCCC